AUGGCCGCGCUAAAGGGUCGCCAGCACUGCAGAAGAUGGAUCCUGCUGUGCUUUUUCCUGGGGACGCUGUGGGAGUCCAGGGCUAGUCAGCUCCGCUACUCACUGCCUGAAGAGACAGAAAAAGGAUAUAUCGUGGGCAAUAUCUCCAAGGAUUUGGGGCUGGAACUCCGGAAGCUGGCAGAGAAUGGAGUCCGCAUUGUCUUCAGAGGUAGGACCCAGCUCUUUGCUCUGAACCCAAAAAGCGGCAGCUUGAUCACGGUGGGCAGGAUAGACCGGGAGGAGCUCUGCGCUCAGAGCGCACCAUGUUUGGUUAACUUUAAAGUCCUAGUUGAAGACAGAGUGCAACUUUAUGGAAUUGAAGUAGAAGUAACUGAUAUCAAUGACAAUACCCCAAAAUUCCAGGCUGAAAAUCUUGAAAUAAGAAUUAAUGAAAUCGCUGCUCCUGGAACACGUUAUUCACUCCCAGAAGCCAUUGAUCCGGACGUGGGCAUGAACUCCCUCCAGAGCUACCAGCUCAGCCCCAAUCACCACUUCUCCCUGGACGUGCAAACUGCAGACGACGGAACUAUAACCCCGGAGCUGGUGCUGGAGCGCGCUCUGGACCGCGAGCAAGAGGCUGCUCACCACCUGGUCCUCACCGCCGCUGACGGCGGCGACCCGCGUCGCUCCGGCACAGUGCGCAUCCAUGUGACAGUGCUGGAUACAAACGACAAUGCCCCGGUUUUUGCUCAACCGAUUUACCGAGUGAAAGUCCCAGAGAACGUGCCCCAGGGCACCCGGCUGCUAACUGUAAAAGCUACUGACCCAGAUGAGGGAACCUAUGGAAAAGUGACUUAUAAAGUAUGGAAAAUGAAUUCAAAACAAUCUCCUUUAUUCCACCUUAAUGAAAACACUGGGGAAAUAUCAACAGCAAGCGAUCUGGAUUAUGAAGAAUGUACACUUUAUGAAAUGGAAAUACAAGCUGAAGAUAGUGGGGGAUUAAAGGGUCGGACCAAAGUGCUCAUUUCUGUGGAGGAUGUAAAUGACAAUAGGCCAGAAGUGACUAUUACAUCUCUGUUUAGCCCAGUGAGGGAAAACGCUCCUCCUGGAACAGUGAUGGUCAUUUUCAAUGCUCAUGACAGAGACUCUGGGAAGAACGGUCAAAUUGUUUGUUCUAUCCGGGAGAAUCUACCAUUUAACUUAGAAAAUUCAAUUGAUGAUUAUUAUCGAUUGUUGACAGCUCAAAUUCUUGACCGAGAAAAAGUCUCUGAGUAUAACAUCACUGUGACAGCAACGGACAGGGGAACCCCACCCCUGUCCACGGAAACUCACAUCAUCUUGCGUGUCUCUGACAUCAAUGACAAUCCGCCCGCCUUCUCUCGUGCCUCCUACUCAGUCUACCUCCCUGAGAACAAUCCCAGAGGCACCUCCAUCUUCUCGGUGACUGCUCAUGACCCAGAUAGCGAGGAGAAUGCCAGGAUUAUUUACUCCUUAACAGAGAACACUAUCCAGGGGACACCACUGUCCUCCUACGUCUCCAUCAACUCUGACACAGGCGUCCUGUACGCCCUUCGAUCUUUCGACUAUGAGCAGUUCCGAGACCUGCAGAUGCAGGUUACGGCAAGUGACAGUGGGGACCCGCCACUCAGCAGCAAUGUAUCACUGAGUCUGUUCGUGCUGGACCAGAACGACAACGCACCUGAGAUCCUGUACCCCGCCCUCCCCACGGAUGGCUCCACCGGCGUGGAGCUGGCACCGCGCUCUGCAGAGCCUGGUUACCUGGUGACCAAGGUGGUGGCGGUCGACAGAGACUCCGGUCAGAAUGCCUGGCUGUCCUAUCGCCUGCUCAAGGCCAGUGAGCCAGGGCUUUUCGCCGUGGGAGUGCACACUGGCGAGGUGCGCACAGUGCGGGCCCUGCAGGACAGAGAUGCGCUCAAGCAGAUCCUCGUGGUGGUCGUCCAGGACCACGGACAGCCCCCUCUCUCCGCCACAGUCACGCUCACCGUGGCGGUGGCAGACAGCAUCCCUGACGUCCUCGCCGACCUGAGCAGUCGCGAGGUCCCCGCGAACCCAGAGGCUUCUGGGCUAACACUCUACCUCGUCGUGGCUGUGGCUGUUGUCUCCUGCGUCUUUCUUGCCUUUGUCAUCGUGCUGCUGGCACUCAGGCUGCGACGCUGGCACAUGUCGCACCUACUUCAGGCUUCAGGCAGCGUAUUGCCGAGUCUACCCGCCUCGCAUUUCGUGGGCAUGGACGGGGUUCAGGCUUUCCUGCAGACCUACUCCCACGAGGUCUCCCUCACCGCGGACUCGCGAAAGAGUCACCUGAUCUUCCCCCAGCCCAAUUAUGCUGACACGCUCAUCAGUCAGGACAGCUGUGAGAAAAGCGAGCCUUUGUGUGUUUCAAAUGAGUCCAAGUUUCCUAUAGAAGAUACCCCUUUGGUUCCAGUAAGUUCAAUUUUGUCCUUUUUCUUCCAUACAAGUUGCUUUCUCUUUAGGUUUCUGCACUUCAGGUAG